AAUACAGGGCAGGGGCAGAAGAGAAGGCAGCUCAUAUUCAACAGGCUCUUCUGACCGAGCAGGACCGCUCUGACUCUACAGCGAUGGCUCCCACUGUGUUUGGACAAGCAAGCUUUCCUAAGGAACACCUGACUCCUGCUCAUAAGCUGAGAAAACCAAUGGUUGAGAAACUGCGCAGAGACCGCAUCAACACCAGCAUCGAGCAGCUGAAGUCCCUGCUGGGCCCUGAGUUCCUCAGGCAGCAGCCCGACUCCAAGCAGGAGAAGGCGGACAUCUUGGAGAUGGCCGUGGCCUAUCUGAGAGGCUGGCAGCAGCAGAAGCCGUCCAGCCUGACCUCCGGCUUGAUGACGGCCGGCGAUGGCUACUCCCGGUGCGUGCAGGAGGCCGUCAGCUUCCUGUCCCACUGCGAGGUCCAGACCCAGACCCACAGCAGGCUGCUCAGCCACUUCCAGGGUCUGCAGGCAUCCGGCAAGACCAGCCACAGUCCCUCCACCCUCUCCCCUCCUGGCUCUCCGCUCCAUCAGGUCAGCUCCAGCAAGGGUGUGAGCCAGGCCAGCGGUGCUCUGUGGAGGCCCUGGUAGGGUGGAGGCAGCAUCACUCCCACGCAGAGAAAGAGAACUAUGUCUGUGAACGUCAUGGACAGAAAGUUAAGACUCACUGAAGUCUGUUUCCUUUUGCUUUGGCAGGAGAUUCAAUAUUGUUGAGUUUUAUACUUAUGGAGAAAUGGGCACCAUGUGCCAGUGUUCCUGGUGAAGGACUGAAAUGAUUCAGGUUGUACUGAACGUGUACACCGUGUCUUUACACAUCAUACGCAGUGUUUUGCUCUGUGAUCGUGUUAAACGUUCCUGUGGGGAAAAACAACUUGUUUUGUUUGUUUUGCAAACGUCAUUGAAUGAUCCUGUUGUAACACCCAUGUUGGGUUAAAGUAUUGAAGUGUCUGAGACACUGUUUGAUUCAUGUGUUUAUUCAACUGUCUAUCUCUGAUACUGAGUAUCACUGACUGAUACAUUUCACCAGCUUGGUGUUGAUGAAUCAAAAACAUCCCAUAAAUGGAUCCCAUGGAUCCACUUUUACUGUAAAUCGUAUUAUGAUUAUGCUUGAUUAUGACUACAUGUAACCAUUAUUUGGCCGAUGUGUGAAGGAGAGUUACUGUUGGACUGUUAACUGUUCAGUUGUGAUGUUGAAUACAGAUGUUUUUUCAUCCUCAAAUGAAUACCUUUUAUAAAGGCAUUUUAUGUUGACGUCAAUCUUUGCCAAAAGAAUCUGAUGAAUUACUUCCUUGAGAAGUUUGUCUUUGAAAGAAAUAAAUGGAAAACUUCACAUGAAGUUUUGAAAACGUAAA